GACAGAGCAGAAACACUGGCAGUGUGUAAUCUGCUGCUGGAUUCUCUCCGUGGGAUUAUCUGCAAUUUCCUCUGGGUUUUUAUGGACGUUUCCUUCUUUCUUUUACCGCGUUUUUGUCGAUUCGUUGAAGUCGUUGGACGUGUGAUUGCACGACAAGACGUAACAUCCCGAGAGACUUCAUUCAUUGCCGGAGCGUCAGUACUUGAACGCACCAUCCGAAGGAGAGAGAAUCCCGCCUGCAGCCAUGUGCGUCUAAAGAAAAACUUAAAUGGAAACGGAUGAAUCCCCCAGCAUGCUUUGUGGCUUUUUCUCUGGGUUAAAAAGCAAGGAGUCGUGUUUGAAGCGAAGAAGGUUUCAACUUCCAAACUCCUGAUUUAUUCAUCCAGAGUCCAUCAAUAAUUAAAGGCUACAAAGUCGACAAGCAGAGCGUUCAGACCCUCCGACUGCAGAGAAUCCAACUUCCUGCACUUUGAGGACCAAACGUGCAAAAAUAAAAACACGUUUCUGCACUUUUUAAAAAACGGAUUCAACAAUUCUUCAGAUUAGUCUGACGUGUUGUCGCUUAAUCUGCUGUAGAGACGCUUCAGGAUGUCGGCCAAUAAAUAAUGAAAAAUGUUUAUUAUUUCCUGAUCUGUCUUAUUAAGAUGAGAUAAGAUGAGAAGUACUUUAUUGAUCCCAAUGUGGGAAAUGUUUGCAGUUCAGCAGCUUAAAAAUACAAGGCAUUGAACAUUAGAGAAAUAAAAAGACUAGAAGUAAACCAUUCAAAAUGUAAACACAAAUAGAAAUAAAAUAGCAUUACAAAAGGACUUUAUUCUCGCUCAGUCAUCGAAAACCCUCCGAAGAAAUGUCGUCUGAGAGGAAACCAACGUGCUUCAAACCCUAAGGAUGUACUUUCUUUCAUCCUAAUGUUUUUUAAGUCAUCUUCUCUUGAAAUCCGGACAUGUGACUCAGCUGCGUCUCAACGUUUCUCCCCAUGGAGCGACCGUAACACCUUCAAGACUCAAGACUCAAGGCUUUUAUUGUCAUUCGUACUGAGCUACAGUUUAGAUAUGGCAAUGAAAUCUGAGGCUCCUCCAACAGAGAAACACAAUAUAACAGAUCAAAUUGUAAAUACAAAUACAAUAGAAUAUAAAUAGUGCAGUAAGAGUCUAUAUACAAGUGAUAGGAAUAUAAUGUAUUAGAUACAUAAUGAGUAAGUUGCAAACAGAUGGAUGUUCGUCACAGAGUGCAGGUGUUUAACAGUCUUACGGCCUGUGGGAUGAAACUGUCUCUGAGUCUGGUGGCUUUAAAUAUGAUGUAUUUAUUUCAACAAGGACCAUGCCUACAAACACAUUCAUCUCAGAAAAGAGAAGAGAUUAAUUAAGCCAGAUUUGAGCUAAUAGCUACCUUCCAUCUGCAGUCCUUUUCGACCUGACCUUUCAGCCUCGCUGCCGUUUCCUAUCGGACAUGUUUGGUGUUUUUCACUGAAGAAGCGAGCGUCCUCAGAGGUUUGUUCCUCUGGUUCUCGGGGAGAUGGCGGCGGCCAUCGCCAGCUCCCUGAUCCGACAGAGGCGUCAGGCCCGAGAAAACAACACAGAGAAAGUGACCACCAACAACAAGAGGAGGACGAGUCCCAGCAAAGACAAAGACCCGCGGUCUCUGUGUGAGAGACACAUCUUCAGCGUCUUCAGCAAGGUGCGCUUCUGCAGCGGCAAGAAGAGGCCGGUCAGACGGAAACCAGAGCCGCAGCUGAAGGGCAUCGUGACUCGUCUCUUCGGCGAACAAGGCUUCUUCCUUCAGAUGCAGCCGGACGGAGCCAUCAGCGGAAACAAAGACGAGAACAGUGACUACA